GAUGGCGGCUCCCAGGGCGGAGGCGUGGAGGCGCGCUCACGGGGAGCCGUGGGGUGGGAUGAGUCUGCACCUAACCCAAGCGAGGCUAGAGCCCUAGCCGAAUGCACAGCGGCACCAAUCCCCACUUCCCGCCGCAGGGGAGCGCAGGGAUCCUUUAAGAGGCUGGAGCCCAGAGGCGAAGCCGUGUGAGGGCGGGGGAGUGGUGACGUCGCCAGACUCCACCCCCUCGCCCGACCGCCGCCGCCAUGUUUAGUUGUUACUUCUUUACACAAGAUGGCGGCUCCCAGGGAGGAGGCAUGAGCGCCCUGCCGUUACCGCUCCUCCUGCCGUACAGUUGCCACUUCGGGGCCUAACUCUGGCUCUUUGGAGCGGCUCCUGUGGGAAGGAGUCAUAAGGAGGGAAGCGAGGAUUGGACGCUGCUUUGCAUUUGGUCUGCAGUAGAAGAACUGACCAAGGAGGAAGAGAAUAGGGGGGAAGGGGGAGCUAGUCUCAAGAUGGCGGCUCCCAGGGCGGCAGGCGCAGCCUGAGCAGCGGAGGCGGACUCAACAGAGAGGUGCGAGACCUCACGAGCCGUACGGUGCGGGCCUCGGAGCCGCCCCGGAGAGUUCGAGCUGGUUCCACUGGCCUCCGGCGUGACUCCAUUCCUUAGGAGAAUCGGGGGUGUUUCGGGAGCGGCAGCUGUACUAAGUGCUAGGCGGGGAAGCGGGACAGUCUCAAGAUGGCGGCUCCCACAAUUGUGGUCUGAGCGCCGGCGGGGCUGAGACGACCGCGGCGCUUGUGGCUCCUUUCCACCCGCCCCGGAAGCCGGCCAGUGCUGGGGACUUGGGGGUGUGGGAACCGGGCCGGGGUUCCGCCAUUUCCGGCGGGGGAGGGCUACGACUGAGGAAGGGAGGAGAGAGAGGCGGCUCAAGAUGGCGGCUCCCAGGGCCUCCCGCCCGAGCUUGUAAGCGGGAGCACCCGAACAAAUAGUCAGGGCGGCAGAACUCGACGGCCACCAGCUUCUCGGGCUUAGGUAGUUGACAGUUUCGGGAAGCUCUUGGGGAGACGGGGCGAGCGAGAAGAAGGGGAAGAGCCAAAGGGAAGGAGGGUAGUUAAGAUGGCGGCCUCCAUGGAGUCGUCCACCGCUGUGUGAGGAACCGCUUCUCCGUGAGAACUGCCUUAGGCGAAAGGGGGGGUGUGUGAGAGGAAUUGAGGGGUUCCCUUCCCGCCUGGUGAUUUCUUCCCACCGCACCCUUUCUUGGAACUAUGGCUUCGGCCGUGUCGCCCGCCAACUCGCCAGCGGUGCUUCUGCAACCCCGCUGGAAGCGAGUGGUGGGCUGGUCGGGUCCGGUGCCCCGACCCCGCCACGGCCACCGCGCCGUGGCCAUCAAGGAGCUCAUCGUGGUGUUUGGUGGCGGCAACGAAGGGAUAGUGGACGAACUGCACGUGUACAACACGGCAACCAACCAGUGGUUCAUCCCGGCUGUGAGAGGGGACAUCCCUCCGGGGUGUGCUGCCUAUGGCUUCGUAUGUGAUGGUACUCGCCUGCUGGUGUUUGGUGGGAUGGUGGAGUACGGGAAAUACAGCAACGAUCUCUACGAGCUCCAGGCAAGCCGGUGGGAGUGGAAGAGACUCAAAGCAAAAACGCCCAAAAACGGGCCCCCUCCAUGUCCUCGGCUUGGGCACAGCUUCUCCCUUGUGGGCAACAAAUGCUACCUAUUUGGGGGUCUGGCCAACGAUAGCGAGGACCCCAAGAACAACAUUCCAAGGUACCUGAAUGACUUAUAUAUCCUGGAAUUACGGCCAGGCUCUGGAGUGGUAGCCUGGGAUAUCCCCAUCACUUACGGAGUCUUGCCUCCACCUCGAGAGUCACAUACUGCUGUGGUCUACACAGAAAAAGACAAUAAGAAAUCCAAAUUGGUGAUCUAUGGAGGGAUGAGUGGCUGCAGGCUAGGAGAUCUCUGGACCCUGGAUAUUGAGACGCUGACAUGGAAUAAGCCCAGUCUCAGUGGGGUGGCACCCCUUCCUCGCAGUCUUCACUCUGCAACUACCAUAGGAAACAAAAUGUAUGUAUUUGGUGGCUGGGUGCCUCUCGUCAUGGAUGAUGUCAAAGUGGCCACACACGAGAAGGAGUGGAAGUGUACCAACACGCUGGCUUGUCUCAACCUGGAUACCAUGGCCUGGGAGACCAUCCUGAUGGACACACUGGAGGACAACAUUCCUCGUGCUCGAGCUGGCCACUGUGCAGUUGCCAUCAAUACCCGCCUGUAUAUUUGGAGUGGGCGCGAUGGCUACCGGAAGGCCUGGAACAACCAGGUCUGCUGCAAGGACCUCUGGUACUUGGAGACAGAAAAGCCACCACCCCCGGCCCGGGUACAACUGGUACGAGCCAACACCAACUCCCUGGAGGUGAGCUGGGGGGCAGUGGCAACAGCCGACAGUUACCUUCUGCAGCUCCAGAAAUAUGACAUUCCUGCCACGGCUGCUACUGCCACCUCCCCCACACCCAAUCCAGUCCCAUCUGUGCCUGCCAACCCUCCCAAGAGCCCUGCCCCAGCAGCAGCCGCACCUGCUGUGCAGCCGCUGACCCAAGUAGGCAUCACGCUCCUGCCCCAGGCUGCCGCCGCGCCCCCGACCACCACCACCAUCCAGGUCUUGCCGACAGUGCCAGGGAGCUCCAUUUCUGUGCCCACUGCAGCCAGGACUCAAGGUGUCCCUGCUGUUCUCAAAGUGACUGGUCCUCAGGCUACAACAGGAACCCCAUUGGUCACAAUGCGGCCUGCCAGCCAGGCUGGGAAAGCCCCUGUCACUGUGACCUCCUUGCCUGCCGGUGUGCGAAUGGUUGUGCCCACACAGAGUGCCCAGGGGACGGUGAUUGGUAGCAGUCCGCAGAUGAGUGGAAUGGCCGCAUUGGCAGCUGCUGCUGCUGCCACCCAGAAAAUCCCUCCUUCUUCAGCGCCUACAGUGCUGAGUGUCCCAGCGGGCACCACCAUCGUCAAGACUGUGGCUGUGACACCUGGCACGACCACCCUCCCAGCCACUGUGAAGGUGGCCUCCUCUCCCGUCAUGGUGAGCAAUCCUGCUACUCGUAUGCUGAAGACUGCAGCUGCCCAAGUGGGGACAUCAGUCUCCUCUGCCGCUAACACAUCUACCCGCCCUAUUAUCACGGUGCACAAGUCAGGGACCGUGACCGUGGCCCAGCAAGCCCAGGUGGUGACCACAGUUGUAGGUGGGGUCACCAAGACCAUCACCCUUGUGAAGAGCCCCAUCUCCGUACCAGGAGGCAGUGCUUUGAUUUCCAAUCUGGGCAAAGUGAUGUCAGUGGUCCAGACCAAACCAGUUCAGACUUCAGCAGUCACAGGCCAGGCAUCUACGGGUCCUGUAACUCAGAUCAUCCAGACCAAAGGACCCCUGCCAGCAGGGACAAUCCUGAAGCUGGUGACCUCAGCAGAUGGAAAACCUACCACCAUCAUCACCACCACGCAGGCCAGUGGAGCAGGGACCAAGCCCACCAUCCUGGGCAUCAGCAGUGUCUCCCCCAGCACUACCAAACCUGGCACGACCACCAUUAUCAAGACCAUCCCCAUGUCCGCCAUCAUUACCCAGGCAGGCGCAACAGGUGUGACUAAUAGUCCUGGCAUCAAGUCCCCCAUCACCAUUAUUACCACCAAGGUUAUGACUUCAGGAACUGGAGCACCUGCUAAAAUCAUCACUGCUGUCCCCAAGAUUGCCACUGGCCAUGGGCAGCAAGGAGUGACACAGGUGGUGCUAAAGGGGGCCCCUGGACAGCCAGGCACCAUCCUCCGCACCGUGCCCAUGGGGGGCGUUCGCCUGGUCACCCCUGUCACCGUCUCUGCCGUCAAGCCAGCCGUCACCACAUUGGUUGUGAAGGGUACCACAGGUGUCACAACCCUAGGCACGGUGACGGGCACUGUUUCCACCAGCCUUGCUGGAGCUGGGGGCCACAGCACCAGCGCCUCCCUGGCCACGCCCAUCACCACAUUGGGUACCAUCGCCACCCUCUCGAGCCAGGUGAUCAACCCCACCGCCAUUACCGUGUCAGCUGCGCAGACCACACUGACGGCUGCUGGCGGGCUCACCACACCCACCAUCACCAUGCAGCCUGUCUCUCAGCCUACCCAGGUGACUCUGAUUACAGCGCCUAGUGGGGUCGAGGCCCAGCCUGUGCACGAUCUCCCUGUGUCCAUUCUGGCCUCACCUACUACAGAGCAGCCCACAGCCACAGUCACCAUUGCCGACUCUGGCCAGGGUGAUGUUCAGCCUGGCACUGUGACACUGGUGUGCUCCAACCCACCCUGUGAGACCCACGAGACGGGCACUACCAACACGGCCACCACCACUGUUGUGGCCAACCUUGGGGGACACCCCCAGCCCACCCAAGUGCAGUUUGUCUGUGAUAGGCAGGAGGCAGCUGCUUCUCUUGUGACCUCAACUGUGGGGCAGCAGAAUGGUAGUGUGGUCCGCGUCUGCUCGAACCCACCCUGUGAGACCCAUGAGACAGGAACCACCAACACUGCCACCACAGCCACCUCCAACAUGGCUGGGCAGCAUGGCUGCUCAAACCCACCCUGUGAGACCCAUGAGACGGGCACCACCAGCACCGCCACGACGGCCAUGUCCAGCAUUGAUGCUGGCCAGCAACGAGAUACCCGUCGUGCCUCUACCACUCCCACUGUGGUCCGGAUCAGUGUGGUUCCUGGGGCAUUGGAGGGAGCCCAAGGUUCUGUCAAGUCCCAGUGCCAAACCCGCCAGACCAGUGCGACCAGCACCACCAUGACUGUGAUGGCCACUGGGGCCCCAUGCUCAACUGGCUCCCUGCUGAGGCCAAGCAUGGCCCUGGAGGCUGGGGUCCACAGCCCUGCUUUUGUGCAGUUGGCCCCUCUGAGUGGUAAAGUUGGGCCAAGUGGCCCCAGCAACAAGGACGUGCUCCUGGGGCGCCAGUUGGAGACGCAUCACACACACACAACCAACACCCCCACCAUGGCACGCUCCAUCAUAGGUACUGGGGAGCCCAGUGCAGCUCGUGUGGUCCCCACACCUGCAUACGAGAGCCUCCAAACCAGUUCACCCAGCACCACUGUAACUGUGACGGCCCUGGAGGCUCUGCUGUGCCCCUCAUCCACAGUGACCCAAGUCUGCUCCAACCCGCCAUGCGAGACCCACGAGACAGGCACCACCAACACCGCCACUACCUCCAAUGCAGGCAGCGCCCAGCGGGUGUGCUCCAACCCGCCUUGUGAGACCCAUGAGACGGGUACCACACACACGGCCACCACUGCCACCUCCAAUGGGGGGGCAGGCCAGCCCGAGGGUGGGCAGCAGCCCCCUGCUGGCCGACCCUGUGAGACGCACCAGACCACUUCCACAGGCACCACCAUGUCAGUCAGCGUGGGUGCCCUGCUCCCUGAUGCUGCCCCAUCCCACAGGACCCUGGAGUCCAGCUUGGAGGCAGCAGCAGUGCCCACCAUCACCUCCCAGGCUGGUGCUGCAUUGCUGGCUCCUUUCCCAACACAGAGGGUGUGCUCCAACCCCCCCUGUGAGACCCACGAGACGGGCACCACACACACAGCCACCACUGUCACCUCCAACAUGAGCUCAAAUCAAGAUCCCCCACCAGCUGCCAGUGAUCAGGGAGAAGUGGAGAGCACCCAGGCUGACAGUGUGAACAUCGCCAGCUCCAGUGCCAUCACAACAACCGUGUCCUCCACGCUGCCACGGGCAGUGACCACCGUGACACAGUCCACACCUGUUCCAGGCCCUUCCGUGCCGAAGAUUUCAUCACUGACUGAGACUACCCCAGGGGCUCUGACUUCCGAAGUCCCCAUCCCAGCCACGAUAACAGUGACCAUAGCCAACACAGAAACUUCUGACAUGCCCUUCUCUGCUGUUGACAUCCUGCAGCCCCCAGAGGAACUCCAGGUCUCACCAGGACCUCGCCAGCAGCUGCCGCCACGGCAACUCCUGCAGUCUUCCUCCACACCCCUGAUGGGGGAGUCCACCGAGGUCCUGUCAGCCUCCCAGACCCCUGAGCUUCAGACUGCCGUGGAUCUGAGCAGCACAGGGGACCCAUCUUCAGGCCAGGAGCCUGCCAGCUCAGCGGUAGUGGCCACUGUGGUGGUCCAGCCACCCCAGCCCACACAGUCUGAAGUAGACCAGUUAACACUUCCCCAAGAGCUGAUGGCUGAGGCCCAGGCGGGCACCACCACCCUCAUGGUAACAGGGCUCACCCCUGAGGAGCUUGCAGUGACUGCUGCUGCAGAAGCAGCUGCCCAGGCUGCAGCCACCGAGGAGGCCCAGGCCCUGGCCAUCCAGGCAGUGCUCCAGGCCGCACAGCAGGCUGUCAUGGCAGGCACCGGGGAGCCCAUGGACACAUCCGAGGCGGCAGCAGCUGUGACACAAGCAGAGCUGGGUCACCUUUCAGCCGAGGGCCAGGAGGGCCAGGCCACCACCAUCCCUAUUGUGCUGACACAGCAGGAAUUGGCUGCCUUGGUGCAGCAGCAGCAGCAGCUGCAGGAGGCCCAGGCCCAGCAGCAGCACCACCUCCCUACCGAGGCCCUAGCCCCAGCCGACAGCCUCAAUGACCCAACCAUCGAAAGCAACUGCCUCAAUGAGCUGGCUGGUGCUGUCCCCAGUACCGUGGCUCUGCUGCCUUCAACAGCCACUGAGAGCCUGGCUCCGUCCAACACCUUUGUGGCCCCCCAGCCAGUUGUGGUAGCUAGCCCAGCGAAGCUACAGGCUGCAGCUACCCUAACUGAAGUGGCCAAUGGCAUAGAGUCCCUGGGUGUGAAGCCAGACCUGCCACCACCACCCAGCAAAGCCCCUGUGAAGAAGGAGAACCAAUGGUUUGAUGUGGGGGUCAUUAAGGGCACCAAUGUGAUGGUGACUCACUAUUUCCUGCCACCUGAUGAUGCUGUCCCAUCAGAUGAUGACUCGGGCACUGUCCCUGACUAUAACCAACUGAAGAAGCAGGAGCUACAGCCAGGCACAGCCUAUAAGUUUCGUGUUGCUGGUAUCAACGCUUGUGGCCGGGGGCCCUUCAGCGAGAUCUCAGCCUUUAAGACAUGUCUGCCUGGUUUCCCAGGGGCCCCUUGUGCCAUUAAAAUCAGCAAAAGUCCAGACGGUGCUCACCUCACCUGGGAGCCGCCCUCUGUGACCUCCGGCAAGAUCAUCGAGUACUCUGUGUACCUGGCCAUCCAGAGCUCACAGGCUGGCGGCGAGCCCAAGAGCUCAACCCCAGCCCAGCUGGCCUUUAUGCGAGUGUACUGCGGGCCCAGCCCCUCUUGCCUUGUGCAGUCCUCCAGUCUCUCCAAUGCCCACAUUGACUACACCACCAAGCCCGCCAUCAUCUUCCGCAUCGCUGCCCGCAAUGAGAAGGGGUAUGGCCCAGCCACACAAGUGAGGUGGUUGCAAGAAACCAGUAAAGACAGCUCAGGCACCAAGCCGGCCAGCAAGCGGCCUAUGUCCUCUCCGGAAAUGAAAUCUGCUCCAAAGAAAUCUAAGGCAGAUGGUCAGUGAAAGUAAGCUGACCAGCACCUGGAUUCUUCUCCAGACCCCCUCUGCUUCAGGAACCACCCAUCAGGGGCUGCCCUGCCUGCCCCGCCUGCCCGGCAUUCGCACUUCACCCUCACCAGCCACUGGCCACCAUUCAUGCUCCUUCUUUCUGUCUGUUUUUACAAUAAAGAAAGCACAUUUUAUCAUUGCUGUUGGGAGGAAGCAGAAGGCAGAUUGAAAGAGCAGCAAGUGAUAAGUGAGCCAGGAGCAGAAGAGUAGCGCUCCUCCUUUCCCCCUCCCUCCAGCACCUGCCCCCAGGCUGUAGAGGCCUUUGAGGGAAAGAAAUUGGAACUCAAAGGAGAUAGACAUCACCCUCGCUUCAAAGCCUGCACGUGUGUGGUUCUUCACCCUUGGCCUGAGGGGGCAGCCAAGUUCUGGGUGGCGGUUGGGUAGAGGAGCCAAGGAAAGGUACCCCCUGGGUCCCUCCUCAGAGAGACUUUCCUGGGCAUCCCAAAUUGGGUUAUCUGUCUGGUUCUAUUUUAUUUUGUUACCCUUGUGUUUCCAGUCACCUCCCAUCCCUUCCUCAGGCUUAGCCAGUCCUAUCUCGCCCAGCGAGCCCACAGGAAGCUUACAGAUCUUCCCUGAGGCCUUCAUGCUCCCACUUCUCCCCUUCCCCUUUAUGAAGAGAAAAUAAGGAAAUAGAAGGAGGGGAAAGGAGAACCCCCUGGGUAGCCUGAGCAGCGGCUGUGAAAUCCUGAAAUCUCCCAAUGGGGCAUGGAGUGGUCCCUGGCAAGCCUGGCUUUGGACCUGCCUGGCUUGAGGCUGGGGCCACAUCACCAACUGCUGCAUUUGUUGUAUUUUUUUUUUUUAAGUUGAAAUUGAUGAAGUUAACAUUUUUAUUGUAAUUUUAGCCUUAGCGUGUGGGGUUUUGUCCCUUUUUGUUGUUAGCUGUGUACAGAAUGUUUAUCUUUUUUUUUUUUUUCAACUUUUUUUCUCCUUGGCUAAUCCUUGGCAGGGAUCUUUCGGGAGGAAAAGUUGGGGGCAGUUGUGGCAGGAUAGGUGUGGAAUCUCCCACAUGGGACUGGUGUUCAAUACCCAGCCCAACUUUCCAAUUGCUAGCCCCGGCCCUCUGCCUCUUUGCCUGUCCCCAAGCCUCUAGGUCAAAGGAAGGGUGAGCUGUCAAACCUUACUCCCCAUGGGUGAGCACUUCACACCUACAAGGUCAGGCUUGAGGGAGCUUGAGAGUGGGCCCACCUCCAGCAUUACUGUCUGAGAGACUGACACUCUGAACUGAAGGGAAAGAAUGGGAAUGAGGUGUCCUCAGAGGCCUUUCUCCAGGAGAGUGCAUUGUGUCACCCAGAGGGAGCCUGAAGCUAACAGCACUGGCCAUCAGCUCCAUGAAUUUUACAGCCUUAUCCCCAGACUAGGUCGAUCCUCCCUGCAAAGGGCCAGACUUGGGGAGUUAGAGCUCUGUUUGGAUUUUUCUGCCCCACACCCAGGCUUUAGGUGAUGAGGAAAGGUUGCAAACAGAUCAUGGAAGGAUUUAAAAUGAGCAGCCAAUCUUCAGUCCUGCCAUCUCUGGAGAUGUGGGAGGGGAAAGGGUAGCCCCUCCCACCUCUGGCCUGCACCCUCUGGGGCCUCUGGUUUGUUGUAUUAUAGUAUAUUUCGCUGUGGAAAAUGUCACGUUUAGUCACCUUGGAGCCCACUCGCCUGGUCCCACUGUUUUACCCCUGUUCCUUCUCCCAAACGCCCUUUGAUUUCUCUUGUUUCUGAGAACAGUACCACCCGUUCAUCUAUUGUAGAGUAACCCCUGUGACUCAAUAUUACCAUAGUGCGAUGUCGUUUUGUGCUAUUUUGAACAAUUAAAAAGACUUUUUUUGAAAUAA